GUUCCUUUAUAAAGAGUACCGAGACGCGAUAUGAGACGCCCGAACCGACCUCUAGACACUGUUGCUUCGCGAUCGCCGGAUCGAAGAGGAAUGAUGGAGAACGCGGGUGGGAACUUGCAAAAUUUUGUUGUGCCCCCAGUUGAAGGUGUUGCUGGAGGUGGAACCGGUUAUGGUUGGAAUGAUGGUGGUGUGCAAUGUUUGAAUUCAUUCACAGGAGCAGUUGAUCCCACAAAAAUCCCAUCAGCAGAUUUGUUGCAUGUCUGGUGCAUGCCAAGCACUGCAAAUGUUGGGCAACAAGAAAUGCCAAGACCUUUGGAGCCUAUUUCUCUUUUGGCGGCAAGGAAUGAAAGGGAAAGUGCUCAAAUUGCUUUACGCCAAAAAGUUUCUUGGGGCAGUUCAGGCAUUGCUGGAACUGUGCAAAUUCAGUGUACUGAUCUCUGCACCUCUUGUGGUGAUAGAUUGGUGAUUGGGCAAUCCAUGACUCUGCGGCGUGUGCUACCGAUCCUAGGUGUGCCUGAUGCUCUUGUACCUCUUGAUCUACCAGUCAGUCAGAUAAACCUACUUCCUGGAGAAACAACAUCUAUCUGGCUCUCAGUUGAUGUCCCUGCUGGACAACCACCUGGUCAAUAUGAAGGGCAAAUUUUCAUUACUGCUGUGAGGGCAGAUGCAGAAUCUUCGUCAAAUUCUGUAGCUAAAGCUGAGAAGUAUCAAUUAUACAGAGAACUUAAAAACUGCCUUGACAUAAUUGAAGCAAUGAAUGAAAAACCUUUCGAGGAAGUGGUGGAAAGAGCAAGAUCUGCUACUUCUACUUUGAGGAGAAUUCUCCUAUCACCAACAUUCCAAGAGUAUUAUGAGGAAAAUGGCUCAAGUGACAUGAUGGAUGAAGAUAAUUUGACAAGCUUAUCAAUCCGUUUGAAACUUAGUGUCACAGUCUGGGAUUUCACUCUUCCAUCAACACCCUCACUUCCUGCUGUAUUUGGUAUAUCUGAAACCGUGAUUGAGGAUCGCUUUGGUCUGGAACAUGGGAGUGAAGACUGGUAUAGUGCAUUGGAUCGGCACUUCAAUUGGCUUCUUCAGUAUAGAAUCAGUCCGUAUUUUUGCAGAUGGGGUGAUAGCAUGCGAGUGUUAACUUAUACUUGCCCCUGGCCAGCUGAUCAUCCAAGAUCUGAAGAAUAUUAUUCAGAUUCAAGAUUAGCAGCAUAUGCUGUUCCUUAUGCUCCCAUUCUUACAUGUAGCGACACAACAAAAGAUUCUUUGCGCAAAGAGGUGGAGAUAUUGAAGUCGAAGAGCCAUUGGCGAAAAGCUUACUUCUACUUGUGGGAUGAGCCUUUGAAUUUGGAGCAGUAUGAUUUGAUUCGCAGCAUGUCCAGUGAGAUACGAGCUUAUGCACCCGAUGCCCGUGUGCUAACCACUUACUAUUGUGGCCCUAGUGAUGCACAUCUUGGUUCCAGUACUUUUGAAGCUUUUGUCAAAGUUCCAAACCUGUUACGUCCUCAUACCCAAAUAUUUUGCACAAGUGAGUGGGUUCUUAGCAAUCGAGAGGACUUGGUAAAGGAUAUUGUUGCUGAAUUACAGCCAGACAAUGGUGAGGAGUGGUGGACUUAUGUGUGCAUGGGGCCUUCCGAUCCCCACCCAAACUGGCAUCUUGGCAUGCGAGGCACCCAACACCGUGCAGUGAUGUGGAGAGUCUGGAAAGAGGGCAGCACAGGGUUCUUAUAUUGGGGUGCCAACUGUUAUGAGAAGUCGACGGUGGCUAGUGCUGAGAUAAGAUUUCGACGUGGCCUUCCCCCAGGUGAUGGAGUUUUAUUUUAUCCUGGUGAAGUGUUUUCUUCAUCACCAGAACCAGUUGCGUCAGCCAGGCUAGAGCGAAUUCUCAGUGGCAUGCAGGACAUCGAGUACUUGAAGCUCUAUUCUUCAAGAUAUGGCAGGGAAGAGGCUUUGACUCUUCUGGAAAAGACAGGCGUCUAUCUCGGCCCCGAGCGUUACACACUUGAUCACACACCAAUUGAUGUAAUGCGAGCUGAGAUCUUCCGCACUUGUAGAUCCUAAAGGAGCAUCCGAAUUCUCCUCAUCCUUGCUGCUUGUGGGCUUUUAGGAGAAUUCUGUGUGGGCAGGAAUUCCUGCAUAAAAGCUGGUUUGUUGAAGCAGGAAUUCUCUUAAUUUUUCUUAACGAUUGGUUGUCCAGUAGCAGGGAUCCAGAACUUUUUUGCUAAAUUUGAAUGUUGUAUAUAUGGACGCUGUUCUGAUUGUGUAGGAAAGCAUGAAUCAUUAAUUUUCAUAUAAACCUUGCGACUCAUCAGUUUUUUGAAGAAAUCUAGCUCACCUGGCUUGUCA